AUGCAUGCUCAUCCAAGCCCUUCCAUCAUGAACAAGGAAAACACAUCAAACCACUCCGAUGGUGAAACGAUUGCUCUCUACGAGUUUGAAGAAGUGGAGGAUCAAUCCGUACAAAUGAAAAAGAAAUUAUUUUUAACAGACUUUUUGCUUACCAAUGAUGAUCGGAAUGACGAUUCAAGCAAAGGCCCUAUCUUUUCGAAAUUGGCAAAAUUCAUAUCAACAAUUUAUGAUGCAUACAUCAAGUCGUCAGACAAGCUUACAAAUGAUGAGUCUAAUGUAAAUUACAGACAAGCCAUCAUUGAAAAAUAUCAACAGAACUGGUCCAUUGAAUACACGACGACAGGACUGUACACACUCAAAGAUAGCACUCUCAAACUACACAACGAGGAUUUAGUGCCGAUUACAAGUGUGAAAUCUUUGGAGUGGAUGGACUCAAGAAAAAUUCUGAGUGUUACCAGCAAUUUUGUUUCUGUGACAAAUUGUGAUGAUGGAAAAAUUCGAAUUUAUUCUUCUGAUCUGAAAUCACAAUUAGCAUCAGUAGACCUGAGCAAAUUCUUACACUUUGAUAAAUCCCCAUUAUUCAGAACCGCCAUUUCGAAUGUGAAAUUGCUAAAUAUUGCAGGUACAGAAAGCAACAGAUUCGACAUUUUAUUUCAAUACGAUUCUUCUCUUUAUCAAAUACCCAUGAUAAGAGAUGUAUCAACAAUUAAUUUGUACAGAAUUGAUGUGUACUCCAAUCAAAUUGAAGCGUUUGAUGUUCACGAAGCAGAAAAUGGAGAAAAGAUGCUCGCUAUUGUUCUUGCUAACUCGCAACAAGAAUGUGUAUUUUUGGAAUAUCCUGAAGAUGGAUCAAAAUUUAUUUCCAUUCCAACAUCUGAGAAGAAAAAAUCAACAAGACGAAAGAUAUCUCUUGAGUAUUUCAAAAACCAGAACGACUUAUUCUCUCCAAAACAGAAAAUGAUCUUCUCUCCAGAUGGAUCAUAUUGUGCAUUUUUGUCAAGCUCCAAGAAAUUUUUCAUCUAUCGUGUUCCCUUCCCUUUCAUUGAUGAUUCACAAGUAGUUGCCUCCUCAAGCUUGGAAAAUAUUUUGGAAUUUAAUUGGUGGUCUCCAAGCUCUGUAAUUUUAUGUAAUGACAAUAAUGAGAUGUAUGUCAUUGAAAUUUCAUCUAAAAAGAAUAUUCUAGGUGAUGGUGACGUUACUGAGGACAUCGAAGGCAUACCGUUCAUUUCAACUGCUCAUAAUGGCAAAUUCUUUCUGUUGGAGUACGAUCCAAACAUUACACAAUUGAAAAUUGAUCAGCAAUUACUCUUGUUGCAAGAGCAACAACGCCUUACUGAGAAACUUCAAAACUCCUCAGAAAGCUCUUUAUUGAGCGCAUUUAGUACAUUAUUUUCAUUUUUGUUCCCAAAGGUUGCACCUCCUUCUGAUGAGUUGAAGGAAGAAAAUAUGAUUCCUUCCACUCUCUCACUUGCUUACAGAGUUUACAGAUUUUAUCAAAAAACUCCAGAGAAGGAAUUUUCUGAAAAACUUCACCAAGGAGAUCUUGAGGAGGCGCUUUCUUUAGCCAAAACAUUCAGCCUUGACAUGGAUGAAGUUUAUAAGAAAAUGUGGAGGAGACAUGUUAUUUCAGUAGAAUCUAUCGCAAAACUACAACUGAUUUCAGACAAAAUGUACAUCCUCAAUGAAUGUGUGUGCAGAAUUGCAAGUAACGAAGAAGUCAUGAGACACCUCCUCGAGUGUGGUCUUGCAAUUUCAAAUACCCUACUGAGUGAAGAAACUAAUUGCACAGAUUUAUCACAUAGGUCAUCCGUAUUAAAAAAUUGCUCUGAAAAAGCAAAAGAAAUUUUAGAAGCACGAAGAAAAUUACUGCUCUAUUUGGACAGAUUGGAUUUGUUCUUAGAUUUGUCCCCACAACAAGUUUACAAAGGUGACCAAUAUCACUACUUUAGGGAUUGCAAUAUUGUUUCAUAUGCCAAAGAACGAGCAUCCAUGAAAGAUUUUUCAUCACUCAAAGCAAUCAUUUCUUAUUGCUUGCCUUUCAAUGAAUCGUAUCGCGUCAGUAGGAAUUUAAAUCCUCACGACGUUAUUGAUAUUAUUUCAUGUAUACCAGAAUCAGUUCCUCCCAAUGAGUAUAAAGAUUUAUUACCUGGUGUUGAAAAAACUGGAAAUUGUAUGACUAAAUGGAGCACUCUUUUCAUGAGAAGGAAGGAGCAAGACUAUAGCGAAAAGUUAAUGGAGAAACCUCAAGUAGAUUAUCCCUCCUCUCAAGAAAUUACUGAGUGGUAUCUCUCAAGGGCAGAAGCAAUUGAUGUCGUGUCAGGUAUGGUUAGUUAUGCAGAAUCCUUGUUAGAAAUUGGCAUCAAGCGAAAUGUAAAGCGGUUAGAGGACAAACUGAAUGAACUCAAUUUUAUGUCCCUCAUGAUUUACAACCGAGGAAACUUGUUCAACCUCAACAAACAGUUACUCUCCGUGAAAGAAUACGAGUCUAAUUUAACAAAUUUCGACAAGUUCAAGUUACUCAUUAAUAAGACGAGCACAGAUAUUGUUUCCCAAAUUUUAAACAAAGGACUAAACUUUAUUAGCCAUUGCGAAGAAGAAGAGAAAACAGGCAAGGACUCCCUACUGUACAAAUACAUGCUCCAAGAGCUUGCUCCUCAUCUCCUCUAUCAAUGUGCGAAAAUAUUUGAAUACUGUAGUGGACCAAAUGCGAUACAUUUAUUUAGCGAUAAUGACGUCCUUGCAAUGCUAGCCGUUGAAUGUAUUUACUCGUGUAAAAAUUAUCAGGAAAAUACGGAGAAUAUUAUUAGAAUUAUUAACUCUCUUCCAACAGGAAACAUUCAUCAAGAACUUGAGCAACAUAUUAAUACUAUUCGAGAUAACACUAUUGCUCUUACCGUCUUGUCAAAAUACUCCAUUUCUAUACCUCUUUCUUUGAGUACUGAAUUUGAAGUUGUUGGAAAAACAAUUGUCGGAGAGUUGGCACAGAAAUGUAUUAAAAGUGGUGCUACAUCUGACAAAUCAUUCCAAAGCUUGUAUUCAGAUUUGAAGACACUUCACGGCACUGUGAUGCAUCAUUUAACACAGCAAGAAGUUUAUUCUCAAUUCCUUAAAAAUUGCUGCUUAUCAGGACAUGCUCAUCUUGCCUAUGAGUAUGUUACACGUGACAUGAUUUUACCCUAUACCGAUGCCGAUGAAAUUAUUUAUCAAGCAACAGCAGAAUUAAUCAAUAGCUCUACUGAACCUACUGAUUCAUCAAUCAUGAUUGCAGAUAAAUGUAUUUCUCUACAUCGAAGUUUACUUUCUGAAAAAUUUGUUACUUCAAGCAACGAAGAACGGUGGACAAAGGAAAUUAACAUACUAGAAGCAUUUAGAAUAAUUGGAAAAGAAUUCUCUAACCAUCAACCCGCCUUGUUUUUGAGAAAGUCCUCAAUUAUGGACAUUGUCAAAUAUUUGAUAGAGAACAAUCACACUGGAACAGAUGAAGCUACAUUGGAAACAUUUUACAAAAUUUGUAGACUUCUUGGUGGUAAUGAAAAUGACCGUAAGAACGUCAAGAUGCUUGCCAUCGAAGAUUCACUUCAAAAAGCGGAGUCUGGUAAUUUAGAAGUUGUGCGGGCCCUCAUGAAACAAAAUCACAACGGUAUAUACAAACAUUGUGCUAAACUUUGCAUCGACACGAAAUGUAAAAUUUCUAGUGAGGAGCGUCUGGAAUUUGCAGCAUAUGCUGUGAGAAAUUGUCCAUCAUCAGAACUUUCAGAAAUGCUCUCUAUUUAUGAACUUGUUGAAUCACACCAAUUCCUCUCGAAGAGUAUUCCUGCAACAGAAGCCACAAAAGAUAUUUCUCUUAGCAAUUCAAUCCUCAUCGCACAUGAUAUGUUUUCAAAGCUUGCAAAAGAAAAUGAGCAUUUAUUCAGUAACAUCUCAGUGAGCGGAACAACACCUCUGUACUAUUCAUGCAGGGAAAAUUCAUUCGUGUCACAUUUUGGAAUUUCACCAACAACCACAGAACUCGACACGAUUUUCAGGUCCAAAUUGAUGGAAAUCCAAUUAACUCUAACCUCUGAAACAGAGAAAUUGAAUACACAGAGCCUGCUUGAUUUUGCAAUAUUAUCACUCACCAAUGGAUACAUCAUGUCCUUUGUUACCAUCCUCUUGAAAAUUCCAUUAGAAAGCAUUGACAGUGUCAAAAAGCUAUUUGACUCGAUACUCUCAUCACAACCGCAAAAUACACCAAUUUCAGCAGUAGAGAAGCUGAUAGAAUUAUUUACACUGUACUUUGCAUUACGACUGCUACUUUUAGAAAAUCCUGAAAGUCUGACAGAGUAUUAUGAUGAAAUGAGUUUGAACGAUAUUGAAAAAUCAUUGGAGGACAAUGAAAUUGAAUCCAAUGAGUGUACAUCAAAAUUGAAUCAUUUUUUGAAAUUCUAUAAUGGUCUACUCUAUUUAUGUAAUCAUUUCAGCGAAUUGUCAAUAUUCAGCACCUCAACAUUGAGCUGUUUACAAUUUAUUACCGAUGAAAAGUAUAGAGAGAAUGUCUUAUUUGACUUGUCCAAAACUCAACAUAUGGAUCAAUUCAAGGCGGCUCUAAAUAUUGCUCAAAAAUUGAGUAUGGAUACGAGUAAGCUGUAUUUGAAUUUCUUGGAUUGCGUCUUGAAUAAGGAGAACAUUCUCGAUUCAGAGAAGUCUUUCAUUAGGGAAAUUUCUUCAACAAGUGUGAAAGAUGAGGUUGUUCUAAUAGUGAAAAACAAAUUGACUCCUAAUUCUCGUGUGACUUCCGGGUACAAUUUACCCAAAAUUAGUUUUCUUACGGAGCUGUUAGUGAAUAUGGAUCUCUCCGAGUACACACCUCAAAAGGCCCUUGUGGAUUUUCUUUCAACGGAAAAUUUAGUUGUCGACUUUUUCUCAUUGACUUCGGAAUCAACUGAUACUCGCCAAAUUAUAGAGCUUCUCAAACCAAUCCUCAAUCACAAAUCUGUGAAUACUAUUUUAGAUCUAUUGAAACCUAUUAAGCCAGUUGAAACUUCUCAAAUUUAUUCACAUGUUGUUACUACGACAUUGAGUAAUGCAAAGAUUGAUCCAAAAGAAAGAGCAGAACUUGUACUACCUUUCAUUUCUUUCUUGACACAGGAUGAUAUCAAGACUCUUAUCAGCAAGGUUUCUUUCGACAAUGCUUUCAAAAUGCCUUUGGCUGUUCGAUUAUCGUUUAUGCGUAGCAUGUUGAACACGAGCAUUUCAGAAGACUCCUCUCUCGCAAACGAGGUCAAGAGCUCAAUAUUCAAAAUGUCAUCUGCCAAGAGAAUUUUCCAACGUCAAGAAUUGGAAUACUUGUUGGAAGAAUGGGACAAGUAUUUGAGAGAUCACAUUGAUUUAAUGCAUGUCUUGUCAGAGACAAUGGUACACACCAAAAAUCCAUCAUGCAUCACCAAUAUUCUUCAGGAUUUGCAAGAAGAAUAUAAGAAUGCCUUUAAUAUAACUGAUCAGAGCGACCUGACCUCACUUCCACUCUUCUUCCAUUUAGAUACUACUCAAUGUUAUUUGAAAACUGUCAAAGCUAUUGUGCAAUGUCUCGUGGAACACUCUGAAGAAAUUAGAAAGGAGAGUGACUCAGAGGAUGAGGCAGAAGAAGAAAAACUUUUACAACAACACUUGGAGAGCAAUGAAAGUGGUGAAAUUGAUAUUCAUUGGCCACCUUUGAAUGCCAAAAUGGGAUGUAUCUAUAUGAAAAUAAUUCUCAAAUCUGCUGCUUCAGACAGUCAGCAAUCUCAAGAUUUAUUUAACACCCUAGUGAAUUAUGUGGAUACCAUCGCCAAAGAUCAAGACGAUUUACCUGUUCGAACUCGAAUCGCAUUGGUUCGUAUUUUGAGAGAUUUUAAGAAAAAGGCUCCUGGCACGUCUUCGCCAGUGAUCAUCUCAUCUUCUCUUCCUGGAGGAGUGGCUAGUCAUGACGAAACGAUAACUUCUUCGCCAAGCUCUAAUGAAAUCACAAAUGCCAAUGAAUCCAACAUUGGUCAUAAGCAUGAGGAUGAUCAGACGACACUCCUUGCCAUCUAUCAAACUCGUGAUACUGUUGCAGAGAAUUUCCCAUCUCACAAAACAUUACUCCAUUCAUGUAGACCGCCUAGUGAAGAAUUUGCAACACAAUUCGAAGAAUUGGUCAACAUGUCCUCCACUGAUGCACAAUUUCGAUCUCUGAGCUUUAUCUUGAGAAUUUGGUUUAAGGGAAAGCAACAUCAAGAAUUUUUAGAAACUCUUCUCCUCAAAGUUUUGACAGCUCUCGUAGAAAUCACGCAUGUCAAGAAGGAAAGUAUUUUGUUAGAGAUUGCACUCGAACAGAUGGAAUUGCUCUCUGAGCAGAAAGGCAAUGAAUUUGUGAAUUACAUGAUUGAGAAGAAUCAAGAUCUACUCGCAUGCAAAUUUGCACUUCAAGUCAAACACAAAUCCACAAAUGUACUAGCACUCGAUCGUAUCCAACACAUUGCUGAGUCGAAACCAACUCUACUAGACUCUGAUGCAAUGAGUGAUAUUAUUUGUACAUGCAUCAUGAAUGGCUAUACCUCCACACUGAUUCACAUGGACACUCUAUUAUUCAACAUUCUACAUGGACAACAUUUGAAACUCUAUGAAGAAUGUGAAGCUCAAUUUAUUGCAGAGCUUGUAUUAAUAAGCUUUAAACAAUCUGCACUUCCAUUCACUCUCUUUGCCUGUGAAUAUGUUCAACGAAAAGUAUUUGGCAUGCAUGACAUGUUUUGUUCUGAUCUGAAUGGAAGUUUAUUCCUUUUGAGAAGAUACCUCCAACAACAACAAACGAACCCAAUGAACCAUCAUGAAGAUGCGGAUACCAUUGUGAGAGAUUUGUGUCGAGCUGCUCUUCAAAAGCUGGACAUUCGUCAAUUGAUGCAGCAGUAG